GCUAGUUUGCGGUGCCUCUCCACAGCACCGACCGCGUCGCUGGCUAGCUCACGACUCUGGCGAUACGCACCCACCCAGCGCACGCACUUGCCACAACGCACUCCCUUCCCAUGGACUACUACGAGAUCCUUGGCAUCGUGCGCGGCGCGACUGACCAGGACAUCAAGAAGGCGUACCGGAAACUCGCGAUGAAGUGGCACCCGGACAAGAACAAGGCUAAUCGAGACGAAGCGCAGGCCAAGUUCCACGAGAUAUCGGAAGCGUACGACGUGCUGAGUGACCCUGCCAAGCGCGCCAUCUUUGAUCAGUACGGGUAUGAAGGGCUGCACAACGGUGUGCCGAACGCCGACGGCGAUGCCCGCGAAGGGUACCAAUUUCAAGACCGGCAGGGCGAAGACAUCUUCAACAAAUUUUUCGGGACGAACAACCCGUUUAGUGACUUUGGCUUUGGCGACACGCUGCCGUUUGCGGGCGCGUUGAAGAGGAAGGGGCCGGAGAAGAACCCGCCGAUCGAAGCGACUAUCGAGUGCACGCUAGAGGAGCUGUUUGUGGGCGGCGUGACCAAGAAGGUCUCGAUCGUCCGCACGCGGUUCGCAGGAAACAACGAGCUCGUCGACGCCACCAAGGUCUUUUCAGUCAAGGUACAGAAGGGAUGGUCGGCCGGGACCAAGGUUACGUUUGAGAACGAAGGAGUCGAAACCAAGGAGCUUCGGGCUGGCGACGUCGUGUUUACAAUCGCCGAGGCCAAGCACCCCACGUACACCCGCGUCAAGAACGACCUGGUGUACUUGGCCAAGGUGAAGCUCGCCGAUGCGCUCGCAGACUGCACGGUCGAUGUUCCAACACUGGAUGGGCGCAAGCUCGCGAUCUCUUGCAACGAAGUGCUCAGCCCGACGUCGGAAAAGGUGAUUCAAGGCGAAGGCAUGCCCGUGGCGGCAGGGGAUGUGGCGCCACACGACGGCGACGCGGCGCGCGGCAACCUUAUCGUCAAGUUCCACAUCGUUUUUCCCAAGUACCUGACAUCGCUACAAAAGACUGCGCUCGUGAAAAUCCUGGGCCAGUGAUACGACAUUAUGUCA